AUGAUCCUAGGACCCGUGUCAUAUCUCGACUGCAUUGUAUUCUGCAUCUUCCUCGCGCCGCAGCUUAUACUCAACGUCGGCCUGUUCGAAACAGUACUGACAGUGCUACAAACACUGCCGUUCUUAGUCUUCAAGUUACCUACGACCUUCAUCUACGAGCGCUACUUCUUGAGAAAGGACGAGCAACCGGCCUUCGUCCAGCAGGCCUCCGCCUUUGAGGACUUCGUCAUCCGGUGCGUGCGAUAUGCCUUCGCCAACAUCCCUCCCAAGGUGGGCCGUGUCUUCUUCGGGAAGAAGGUAGCCCUGCCCUGGCUGAGGUGGCGGCUGCUCCGUCAUGGCUACCUCACGUCACCUGUCUACUGGCGAGAGUACCAGGACAAGCACUUCCGAGGGGUGUGGGCCAUCUGCGACCCUGCGCAGAGGCCAGACUUGAUUAUAUACUAUGCUCAUGGCGGGGGGUUUAGCAUGGGCUCGCCGUAUUUCUAUCUGGAGUUUCUUCUCAGUUGGGUCUCCCUCUUGAAGCGAGCAGGUUACAAGAACCCGGCAGUCUUCGGCUUAGACUACACGCUCGUGCCCGACAGCAGCUUCCCAACCCAACUCAACGAGAUGGUCAGUGGAUACGAGCAUGUCCUCGGCAUGGCGGGCGAUGAUCCGUCCAUUGUCUGUGUUGCAGGCGACUCGGCGGGAGGAACGUUGGUCUUGAGCUUGCUGCUACACCUGGCCCGUCCCAUGCCGGCAAGGAAAGACAGGCGUUUACCGGGGGCUACGCGCCAUCUCGAGAAGCCCGGGAUGGCCGUACUCAUCUCGCCGUGGCCGACUCUCCAGUCGGCGCUUUACCAAAACAACCGCAGCGACUUCCUUGAUGUGCCGGCACUGCACCUUUAUGCCGCCCAAUACGCGGGCAGAGUGGAUCUGGUCGAUGACUCUAUUGCGUCACCCGGAAACUGUAAAGACAUGGUGUGGCUGAAAGAAGCAAGCCCAGCGAAAGGGUUACACGUGGUGUAUGGGAAGGAAGAAGUGUUUGCGCCUGAGAUCGAGGAGUUCGUGCAGAAGCUAGACGAGGCUGGGGCGCUUGUCACCAGUCAGGGUGAGACAGGCGGGAUACAUGCUUGGCCCGUCGCAUCACUGUUUCUCAGCGACACGGAGGACCAGAGGCUCAAAGGUCUGAGGAGCAUUGUGAAGGAAAUGAGGAAUCGCGUGCCCCCAUCCAAGAAUCCUCUGGAGCUCGGCUUCUUCCUGACUGCUGUGGAAACCGCCUCCGGGAAACGGAUUGCUCUUCCUGUAUCAUCAUCCAUGACUGCGCUGCGGAAAGUGAAUAUCAAUGAUGCCAAGGCUUUGGAUGGCCAGCCCCACUAG